GCACCCUCAGUUUCUACAGAUGUUGAUACUACCAGUAUAGUGCCAGUAACACAAAUCGUGCAAACUGAUGUACCAGUUGAUGUUAAUGGAAUGAGUUUUUUUCAGGGCCUAUUCGAAAGUAAUGACAUUACCCUUACAGUGGCCCCAACAGUUGAUAUCGAAAGUGUUGCAACCCCAUCGAUAGAGUUUGAAAAUGUUACAACCCCAUCCAUCAAGGAUGAAAGUGUUGCAACCCCUGUGCAUGUUGAAACUGUAACAGGUGUGACAAAUAGAAUAGUUAAUUUUUGCAAAACACAAAAUAUAUUGGACCCUGUUGAAAUUUUGCGUAAAGUUCAAAAUGAAAUGGUGACUGGUAGACCUUUGGAAGUCGUUGACGUUACAAAUAGUUCUGAAGGCGACACAAACUUCAUUUUGGUAGACAGAACUCAUCUUUUGGAGACAUCGUUUGAUGAAAUCAAAGGAAUUGAGGAUCUUAGAAAGACUUUAGAAGUACAGUUUUAUGAUGAGACGGCUGUAGAUUAUGGAGGCCCCAGGAAGGAGUUUUUCAGAUUAGUUUUGCAGGCCAUCAAGGAGAAAUAUUUUGACAGUGGACUGAGAGAAUUACUUCAUGAAGAUUAUGAAGUUGUUGGAAAGACUUUUGCUUUAAGUAUUCUACAAAAUGGCAAAAUCCCAACUUUUUUGGACCCAGAUGUAAUCCAGAAGAUAUUUUCUGAUUCCACAGACAAUCCAUGCAUAACAAGCUUGAGAGGAGGGCUUGAGACAUUGGGACUGUAUACAAUUUGUAUGCAGCUUCCAAGUUUUCUGUACCUUUUCCAAAAACAUUCAUUACCCUUGACAUUUAGGAUGCUCACAUUCCUUCUAAAGCCUCAAUUUUCUCAAGAGGGCAGCAACAACAUUGAAGUUGAAAAGAAGGUCUACGCUGCAUUUGUUCGAUAUCUAAGAGAAGUCGCAAGUAAGACAUGCAAGUCUGUGUAACGGUUUUGAGAAUGUUUUCCUGUUUUAAAGAGUCCAGGUAGACAUUUUGGUUUUUAAGCUCACCUGAGCUGAAAGCUCAAUUGAGCUUUUCUGAUCGCCUGUUGUCUGUCUGUCCGUCUGUCUGUACACUUUUUACAUUUUUGACUUCUUUUCCAGAACCACUGGACCAAUUUCAAGCAAAGUAUUCGAUAUGCAAAUUUGGUAAAAGGCAUCCUUUGGUGAAGGGCUUUCAAGUUUGUUCAAAUGAAGGGUCAUGUCCAUUGCAAAGGGGAGAUAAACACAAAAAUGCAAAAAUAGGGUGGGGCACAGGGGCUAAGUCUGUUUGGGCCCAAACUCUGUGAUACCAAAAAUGUAGAAAGGGGUCUAACUUUAACCCAGAUCAAAAACUACCCACUCACUUCAAAUGCCCAAAAAAUCAGAAAAUGAGUGCAGUAUGCAUAAUUUACCGGUCUCCUUGCAUAGAUUAAUGUCUUAACUACUUGCAUGCCAAAUUUCAAUCCACAGGUUCUUAAAAUAACAGAGAUAUACAUCAUUGUUCUCUCGAUUUCACUUGUUUAUUUUUACUAAGACAUUUACCAGUCCAGUUCACCAGGUGGUUUAUCACCUAAGACAGCAGCAAAAUUCAGACUAGUGUGGAAGAUUUUGGACCUAUCAAUUAAAAUUUCACAUUGAUAAAUAAAAAAGCCAAAGGUGCACAGAUUAGGUCCCACGCGAAAUGGAUAUAUGAAGGGGAAACGAAUUUGUCCUUUUUUCUCAAACAUGAAUCUUCCCACCAAGAAAAUAAUAUUAUUAAAUGUAUCAAAUAUGAAGAUAAUAUUGCCACUAUUUGUAAUGAUAUUUAAGGUAAAAUGUAUGAUUUCUACACAAAACUAUAUAAAUGAUCAAAUAUUGACGACAAUAACAUGAAAUUCUACUUAGAUAGUACCACUAUAUUGUAUAAAGUUAACGACAAACAGAAAUUAGAAUUAGACCGGUAAAUUACGCAUAUUGCACUUAUUUUCUGAUUUUUUUAGGCAUUUGAAGCAAGUGGGUAGUUUUUGAUUGGGGUUAGAGUUUGACCCCUUUCUCUAUUUAUGGUAUCACAGAGUUCGGGCCCAAACCGGCUUAGCCCCUGUGGGGUAGGGUCAUUUAAAAAUCUUCUCAAGAAUCACUAGGCCAAAAGAGCUAAAAAGAGCUAAAAUUAGUCUAGUCAAUCUAGCUCAUAUAUGAGCAAAACCUCAAACUAAUUGCAACAGAAAUUAAAUUUUGAUUAUUCAUGCAAGAAAACACAUGCAAACAACAAAUUAAAAAUCGGCUUUUGUAUUUCAAUGGGAAAAUUGGAAUUUUGGGGUAAAAUGAUGCGCUUAC